UUGAAGUCUUUGAUUCUUUAAAUCCGAGCAAUGUCCGAUGGAGGGAAGAAAAUGCAGAGAAAAAAGCCUCAGGGAGAUCUGCAUGCCUCGUGUACAUCUUGAAUACGGAAACUGCGAUCAACCGCUAGACGACAUUCUUCAUGGAAUUUAUGACGAGCACGCAGGCCAGUAGACGUCUACUAGUGUUUCGCUUUCAAAGUUCCACAGCGAGGGACGAGCGCAAACCAAAACCAUCGAGAAAUUGCGGCAUGGGAGGGUGCGUAUCAGAGUGUUUUGGCAGCGUGACUUCUUUCCAUCUACCUCACGGACUUGAAUUUCGAAAUUUAUGACGUCUCUUGGAUUUUCCUCGAUCAAAAGGUGGACGGUUGAAUCGAUCGCAUGAGGUCUUGAGGCAAGCCGUGUGAUCGAGUGUCUAGCAGCAAUGUCGGGUUUUGGAGGCUCUUCGAGCGGGGGAAGUUCUGCCUUCUCGUUUGGAACAGGUUCAACCCCUGCAUUUGGAAAUACGUUCGGGAGUGCCGCUUCUAGUGCCUCGUCAGGUGGAGGAUUGUUUGGAGCAUCGCCUGGUUCUUUCUCCUUCGGUGGUUCUACAGGAGCAGCAUUUGGUGGUGGCUUUGGAACUCCGUCGGCAGGAGGUGCUGCAUUUGGGGCUUCAUCAGCAGCUUCACCUUUCGGAGCGUCCACUGGAGCUGCGACCUUCGGGGCGUCUGCUGGGGCACCGGCGUUUGGGUCGGCAACACCAUCUUUCGGAGCAUCCACAGAAACACCUGCGUUCGGGGCCUCAGUUCCUGCUUCGGGUGGUGGAUUCGGAACACCCACAGCUUCCUCUGUGUUUGGAGGAGCGUCCUCUACUCCAGCCUCUACUCCCGGUUUCUCGUUCUCGCAGUCCUCUGCCUCUGCGUCCAUUCCCUCAAUUUUUGGUGCCACCACCUCCAGUCAGUCUCCUUUCGGCGCCCCUGCUGCAGCUUCUUCUGCGUCUGGAUUUUUUAGCAGCUCCAGCAGUUCUUCGUUUGGUGAUGCGUCCUCAUCGUCUGGAACGGGAGCAUUUUCUUUUGGGAGUUCUCCUCUGAGUUUUGGCUCGAAACCUGUCAGCUCUGCACCUUCUCAGCCUGCAGCCUCUACUCCAAGUCCUUUCCCGUCCGCGGCACCGGGCUUCGGAUCUUUAGCAAAACCGUCUGUCCCUGCCCAGGUUUCUACAGGUUCUCCAUUCGGUGCAAGUGCGGCUUUCGGGUCUACAACGAGUGCUGCAACUGCAGCCUCUGUCCCCGCCUCCGGGUUUUCUAUCGGUCAAAAUGCUUCAUCCGCGACUCCCUCAGCCUCUGCAUUUUCAGCUGGAACUUCUGGAGGAAUGCCCAGUUUUGGAUUUGGCGCAAGUGCAACUCCCAGUAGUCAAGGGUUCAAUGCCAGUGGAGGCGCAACUCCUCCUGCAUUUAACGCAGGAUCAAGUGGAGUAUCGUUCUCGGGAUUCAGUUUUACAGGAAAUUCGUCUGGUGCAACUACUUCUACACCAACUACUGAUGCAUCAGCAUCGAACAGCGGGGUGCAGUUUGGUUCAUCCAACGUCCCCGCGUCUGGUACCGGAGCGAUCCCAGCCUCUCCAUCGAUUUUCGGUUCAUCUGCUCCAUCUGCGUCACCUUUUGCUAUGCCAGCAGCUUCUCCUCUGUCAGGCAGCACCGGUGCUGCUUCCUCAGGUCCCUCCACAUUGCAGGGCUUUUUGGAUCGUCAAGUUGAGCCAAAAAGCUCCAUUUUUCCUGGAGCAGGGUCAGGAUCAGCAGCUGGAUCGACUUCAUCGCCAUUUAGUUUCUCCGUUGCAAGUAAACCGGCACCACAGUCUUCUCCUGCCGGAUUAGCGGCUGCUUCACAGCCUAAUCUGACACAAACCACGACAAGCGCUCCUGGAAGUGCUGUGGGAGGAGCUUUCAAGUUCGCCAUGGGUGGCAAUACCGCAGCAACAGGAGCCACAACCACAGCUGGAGCUUCGACGGGCACUGCCAGUGCCCCUGCUGCAACUUCGACUAUAGCCUCUACACAGGUCACGACUGGUGCAGUUCCAGCUUCAGCCCCGCGUGCUCCCAAACCACCUUCAGAAAUAACUGGCAAAUCUGUGGAGGAGAUUAUCAAAGAGUGGACUCGUGAGCUGCAAGAGAGAACCGGGAAGUUCCGGAAGCAGGCCGAAGCUCUUGGAGAGUGGGAUCGUAGAAUCAUCAGCAAUCGAAAUGUACUCAUCAAAGUCGAGAGUGAAGUGGCGAAGGUCGUGGAAUCUCAACACAGUCUCGAGAGGCAGUUAGAGUUGAUCGAGACUCAUCAACAAGAGGUAGAGAAAGCGCUGGAGAGUAUGGAGGAUGAAGCGGAGAGAUUGUACCGAGAGGAACGGCCGAGGUUACUCGAGGAUGAAGCAGCAGCAACUAGAGACAAGAUGUACCAACAAGCAGAGUUUGUUGAGAGAGAGGUAGAGCGACUAGGAGUGAAACUGAAAGAUACUAUCCAAAACAUCAACGCCACGCAGGGCGGAGAUUUGGAUGUCGUAGAAGGGGCUAGUCCGUUGGACUUAGUUGUGCGGAUCUUGAACAACCAAUUAAGUUCUCUCUUGUGGAUCGAUGAAAAGUCAGGAGAGCUUUCUGGACGUAUUCAAACACUGUUGUCGGACCAAGCUGCGUACUACGACCGAGGCUAUGUCGUAUCACGCAUGAAAGGAUGAGUUUUGCCCUUCAUAAUAUACGGCCACAGAGUAUGUUUCAGUGACAAAGUGCGCAUCUAACGGACCAUCACAUUUCAGCUAUAAUGCAUGAAUAUCUCAUGUUCAGAUUCAAGGUCCGACAGAUCAGUCGCCCCAUCCCCACGCACAGUGGCAGUUGGGAUUUGUCUUCAACGAAGUCUCGCUUCACGGUUCUUUGCUUUCGUAUCACGAAGAAGGAUGAUCGGGACAAUUUGGUGGAGACGCCGGCACGAUUCAUCUGCAGUUGUCCGCAGUUGUACGUGUCUGGACCUUCGAGAUUCCAGUUCUAGAAUCAUGUUGACUGGAGAACGUCAAUACUUUGGCGACAAUGGGAUGUAGAGCACUUAACUGAGAAUGAAGAUGAUCUAUAUCCACGCGAUAUUUCGCCUGUAAUUUUCAAUCUGUAUCAUUACAACUAGCAGGUUCUUGUUCUUAGUCUGAAGUGCACGUGAACAACCACUCUUCAAUUUCUCAUCGACUGUUUCGUUACACCUGAUAGUUCUUCUGCUGGAACCCAUCCUCAGGGAUG